UUAGGCAGUAUCAACAUGGCAGCUUUCUGAGUUUUGGAGGAGGGGACCUGCUGUAAAUAAAUACAAAUUAAACAGUUUGGAGACAACGACAGCGUUAGGGUGUUCGAGCUUGGGACUUAUUGGACUGUGGGGGGAAAAUGUCGAGUGACGGAAAUAAAAAACAAUUCUGGAAAAGAGACGCAGCCAAGGUUCCUGGCAGCAUUCAGCAUGUCUAUGGCGCACAGCAUCCACCCUUCGACCCACUUCUUCAUGCAAAUCUUAUUAAAGCUGGCAACAAGCCUCCUCCAGCCACACCAGGCAAGCCCAAGAAGGCAACCACCUUCCAGGAGUUUGAGAGCAUAACAAGUGAUGCUUGGGAUGUCGGGGAUGACGAUGAUGAGUUGCUGGCCAUGGCUGCACAGAACCUUAAUAUCGAGGUUGUCAUGGAGACGGCCAAUAAGGUGAUUGAGAAUCAUAGUAAACAGCAGGAGAGACAGAGGCAAGAUGACACAACAGAGCUGGAUCAAAGAGAAGAGGACACGCAGGAGGAGGUGGCAGAGGAGGACGAUGAUGAAGAAGAUGAGGAGAGCAGGGUGGAGGAAGCAGAUGCAAUCAGUCCCGAUGUGCCCUUCGCGUCGCAGAGCAGCCCUUACACUGAUAGCCGUCUGGUGAAAUCCCACAGCGAAGCUCCAGUUGGGUCACCGAAAGAUGCAGCAGGUGAGCGCGCAGCCCUCCACAGACAGCAGUCUCUGCCCCACCGGCCGCCCGUCAUCCCACUUGUGGCUCGCAUGGCCGACCAGAACACAUCCGGCACCCCUGCAAUGACAGAGAGGGAAGCGUCCCGUCUGGAUAAGUUCAAACAGUUGCUGGCCGGGCCCAACACAGAUCUAGAGGAGCUACGGAAACUCAGCUGGUCUGGAAUCCCACGACAGGUUCGGCCAAUAGCGUGGAAGCUUCUUUCUGGUUACCUGCCAGCCAACGCAGAGAGGCGAGAAAGUGUUCUACAGAGAAAAAGACAGGAGUAUUUUGGUUUCAUCCAGCAGUACUACGACUCCCGCAAUGAUGAACACCAUCAAGACACAUACAGACAGAUUCACAUUGACAUACCGAGAACUAAUCCUCUUAUUCCUCUCUUUCAACAAGCUUCUGUCCAAGAGAUUUUUGAGCGGAUCUUGUUUAUUUGGGCCAUCCGCCACCCAGCCAGCGGCUACGUGCAAGGCAUCAACGACCUGGUCACACCGUUUUUUGUCGUCUUCGUUUUUGAGUACAUUGAGGAGGAAGUGGAAAACUUUGACGUGUCCAGCCUUCAGGAAGAGGCUCUUAGGAACAUUGAGGCUGACAGCUUCUGGUGCAUGAGCAAACUGCUUGACGGCAUCCAGGACAACUAUACAUUUGCUCAGCCAGGCAUCCAGAGGAAAGUCAAGGCCCUGGAGGAGCUGGUCAGCAGGAUUGAUGCGUCUGUGCAUCGCCACAUGCAGCAGUACGAAGUAGAGUACCUGCAGUUUGCCUUCCGCUGGAUGAACAACCUCCUGAUGAGGGAGCUGCCACUACGCUGCACGAUUAGACUGUGGGACACCUAUCAGGCUGAACCAGAGGGCUUCUCUCAUUUCCACCUCUAUGUGUGUGCAGCCUUUCUGGUGAGGUGGAGGAAAGAGAUUCUAGAGGAGAGGGAUUUUCAGGGCCUGAUGAUCCUCUUACAGAACCUUCCCACAAUGCACUGGGGCAACGAGGAAGUGAGCGUGCUGCUGGCUGAAGCCUACCGGUUGAAGUUUGCCUUUGCUGACGCACCCAACCACUACAAGAGAUGAUGAGUGUGGCUCUCCACUGCUGCUCCUCCUCCUUCUUCUGUUCCUCAUUUCCUGUCCCACAGUCGUUGCUGGACUUACAGGCCUCUACAUAGAGGGACCUCCCCUUUUCUUAACCCCUCUUUGCCCAUAUUUCCAAUGGGCCUUUCAGCUAUUAAGAGAUUUGAAUCAAGGAAUGACUCAGAGGACGUGCAGCGUAGCAGUUUAACACGAUGAUGUGGAGCCUUUUUUUUUUUAAUUCUCUUUCUGAUCAACUCUAAAAUGUGGACGCCUACAGUACGAUGCAGAAAAAACUUUUUUUCUUACAUCACUCGGCAGUGUUUUUUUUUAUUGGGAGAUUGGGCUGCCCGUGCUGAUGCCUUAGAGAACAACCUCCGGCCUGGUGCAGGACCAUGAGCUGCUGCUCAGCACAGCCUGGGUUACGUCACGUCCAUCUCAGAAAUAUGUCUUUUUUUGCUCACUUCCACAACCAUGGCAAUACAUUGUUUUUGUUUCCCAGGGUACAGUUUUAAUUUUUUUUCUAUUUUGGAUCUAGAAAGAUGGCAGAAAGGUAUUUGUUCACAUGUCUAAAGUUUUGAUGGUUAAGCAAAGUACAGCAGGAGAGAUUGGAGGAGCUUGUCUCCUACAUCCUUCCAUAAAUCACACACAAGCCAAAUCAUCCUCCCUUUUAUCCCGUCCUCCCACCUGCUCUGCAACAUCACAGCAUAUGAGUGGAAGACAAACAGAGGUAUGAGGCCACAGCUCUGAAGGAUCUGAAAACAUUUAAAGCGGUAAAGAAGCCAUCAGAAGAAAGAAUUUAUUACCACUUGUUGGGUUUGACUAUGUAGGGCUGUGUCGUACUAAUAACUCCCUCUCUCUGAACAAACUGUUGGACUACCUCAGAACUUAUUGUAACAUAUUUUUAUGACUCAUAGAAAAAGAAAAUAAAUGCUCAUUUGCAGUCCAACACAAAAUUGUUCACAUAAAAAAUGAAACCAUGUUUUUUUUAAUGCUAAUUAACAAUUUUGCCUUAUUCCAAAAGACAAAGGAAAAAAAAAAAGUCCAAAGCUGGUUUCUUGUUUGCUGUCAUCACUUCAGCUCCUUUAACAUGGCUCCCAUUUCCAAAGUGCAUAGAGAUCUCAAGUGGAACCUUAAAACGUGAUGGUUUUUAUAAGGGAUUUCCACUGCCAGCAUGUGUAAAAUGUAGUUGGAGUUACAGUAGUAACACAGUCUGAACUGAGCUCAGCAUUAGCAAGUGAUCCUUAUUAGUCAGUCACCCACAAGGCCUUUAUUGUUAGUUCAUUCUUUAUAUAAAACAUAUGAAGGCAGGAAGAGCUUUCUACUGGACUUUGACUGCAGUCACAUUUGUUUGAUCCAUAUUGGUUCUUUUAUUUUAAUCAUGUGCAACCAGCACUGAUAUGCUGCAAAUAUAAUAUCUCUGCUCUUCUAUAAGGUUGUGCAAUGUGAACCAUCAGGACUAUCCUUGUCAUGUAUUUAUUAAAAAUGACCCAAAAAUCAU